ACUAUCUCUUCUCUCUCUUUUGUGUCACAUCCUUCUCUUUCUCUUCUAAUCUUGUUCUUGUUCUACCAUGGCUUCUUCUGAAACAAGAAUGAACAAGGCAAGAGAAAAAGAAGAAGCCAUAGCAAAUGGAGUGAGAGUGAGAGCACUUCAAGCGAGUCUUAUGCAGAUGAAGUCAAGCCCAUCUUCCAAUUACAGUCUCAGAAACCCUUCUUCCUCUUCUGCUGCUUCACCAGCUUCUCGUCCUCUCCCUAACCUCUCUGCUCAUGAUUACCCUGUUUUCACUCCUAGCUAUGAAGAUGAGCCUGUGUCUGCAUUUCAUCACAAGAAUCUCACUUUAUCUGAGACUUGGGAUGAAGAUGGUGUUGGUUUAGUAGAUGGAGAUACUUAUCUCUCUGAUUCUUACAAAACCUCAACUACAAGAAAGACUGUGAUGCCUAAUCAAGAUUCUCAUCAUCAUGUUUACACGAUGUCGGACGCUCUCAGGUCUCCACCAUUACAGUUUUAUACAACCGGUAGAAGCAACUGUGGCUCGGUUGACUUUAGAUCGGUCUCUUCUUGCAAUGACUACAAUAAACAAAGAGGUUUUGAUACCAAGAGCUUAAAGAACUCUAAUCUUGUUGUGCCCUUGACGGAUUCGCACUCUGCCGUUGUUUCUUCUCAGCCAAGAAACCGUGGAGGUAGAGUGAUGUCUUGGUUAUUCCCUAAGUUAAAGAGAAAGCAAAAGAGCAAUUCGAUUUUUAACUCACCUAGUAGAACAGAGAAAUCAGAGGAAGUUUCUGAGGUGUUGAAGGACUCGGGUUCGGGUGUUGAGAAGUUAAAGAGAGAAUUGAUGGAAGCAAACAGAAGUAGGGAUGCUGCGUUAACACAAGUCUUAGAGAUGAAAUCUUCAUUGGGAGAGUUAAGUGAGAAGCUUCAGUACUUGGAAAGUUACUGUGACAAUUUAAAGAAAGCUUUGAGAGAAGCAACAGAAGUAGUGUCACAGGAGAAUAGUGUUGGAAGAAGCUCUGGGAAGAAGAACUCAGAGAUGCCAGUGAGUGAAGAAGUGAUGGUUGAAGGGUUCUUGCAGAUUGUAUCGGAAGCAAGAUUAUCGAUAAAGCAAUUCUUGAAAACAUUAGUUUCAGAGAUCGACGAAGAAGACUCGACUCUUAUUGGUAACAUCAACACUCUCCUUCAACCCCACAACUUGUCAUUCACCUCUAAGUACUCCAAAAUCAUUCAGUACCACUUAGAAGCGAUCAUAAGCCAAUCGGUUUACCAAGACUUUGAGAACUGCGUAUUCCAGAAGAACGGUAAGCCGAAACUGCUUGAUCCGGAACAAGAUAGACAAGCGAAUUUCUCGUCAUUUGCUUCUUUGAGAAACUUGAGCUGGAACGAGGUAUUGAAAAAGGGUACAAAAUACUACAGUGAUGAGUUCAGUAGAUUCUGCGAUGAGAAGAUGAGUUUGAUCAUUACAACAUUGAAUUGGACAAGACCUUGGUCAGAACAAAUGCUUCAAGCAUUCUUUGUGGCUGCAAAAUGUGUAUGGUUGCUUCAUUUGCUUGCCUUCUCGUUCAAUCCAGCGUUAGGGAUCUUGAGAGUUGAGGAGAACAGAGAGUUUGAAUCGAGUUUUAUGGAAGAUAUGGGUGCAGAUAGGCAGAGAUCAGCAUCGUCCCGUGGACCGGCACGAGUUAAGGUUAUGGUGAUGCCUGGGUUUUAUGUUCAAGAUAGGGUUUUGAGAUGUAAGGUUCUUUGCAGGUACAAGUCAUUGAGCUGAACUGAAGAGAGUCACACUCACUCUAGUCUAAUCAAAAUUGAUUGCUUCUUAAUUAACUUUUCUUAUUGUUAAUCUCUUGUGGUUUCUACCUAGGCUUCAGUGAUCUUUUUACAUUUGUCUUUGUUAAAAAUGUUAUAGGUUUUUAACUUUUGUCAAAUGCUAGUUGUCGAGGAGAUUUUGUAUAUUUACAUUGUAUUGAUGCAUAUUUGUGAUUUAGGUAGGUAAAUCAAUAGGCUAACUAAUA